UUCUUAUUUCAGAUCAACAACUGUUCAAUAAAAUUUUGUAGACCCGCCUUCAAUCGUUCAUCAUGAUAGAGUCGUGAUGGAAUCUGGAACCAUCGUCGUUAGUCAUUUGCCAGCAGCGAUUCCGAGAGCAUUUCUGAAUGAACGUUCUUCCUCGAUGACAAUUCUUCCAUCGCAAGGUAAAUCACAUCAGCAUCCUCCGAGAAUGUCUCAAUUGGAAACUUUAGAAGCAAAGAUGGCAAAUAUCGAGGUGUCCCUGUGCGCAGGUACACCAAGACGAAGAAAAGGCACGUCCCUCGGAGGAUCGUUGUCAGCUCGCUCCUCACCUAGACCCGAAACAGCUCCAUCGCGCGAAUUGCGAACAGCUUUGCAAGAUCGAGAAGCUGUUAUACAAAACUUAAGAUUACAACUAGGGCUGGGUAAGCUACCACGCCCUACAGGUCCUCCGCUGGACGAUACGGAAAGACCAGUCGCCGAACAGCGGCUUGCAAAGCUAAAAUCAGACGCCGAAACAAAGCGACAAGUGAUUAAAAAUCUAAAAUCAGCACUGGAAAAGCUCGAUGUGACAGACAACAUUGAUGUACGAAUCCGGCAGGCCGAGCUGGAGUAUGCACUUGGGCGGGAAGAGUUGCAGUUACUUUCGCUGGUCGAGGAAGCUCGAGCCCUGCAGGGACGGCUAGAAAAACCAAAGCAAGAACCAAACACUCUCUAUGGCAUGCUGCAAUCGGGCAUGAGCCUGAGCCUGCUAGCUGUGCGUGCGUCAACUGGGCGUUGGAAUGCAAGUACCAAAAAUGAACAACCCGGGUUUUGGGUGGACUGGGUGCUGGAAGGCGAGAGUCUUCAGCGAGGUGAUCGCAUUAUUGAAAUCAACGGCAAAGCAAUCGGUGGUCGUAAUCGAGAAGAAAUGGCCCGUGCCAUCGGGUCACACUCAAAGUCGGAAAUUGUGGUGGCGCGUGCUAGAAAAGCAGCUUGUAGCGUGAACCAAUUAUCCCACCAAUCGCUACAACAAACGCAGGCUGAUAAUGUCCGGCUGCAGCAUCGAAUCUCGUACCUGGAGGAACAGGUUAGAGAGCUGCUCGCUUCCAAAGAUAAUGGUGUGAUCCGCAGCGGAGUGGCAGUCAAUGGGAGUGGUGGUGCACAUAUAACUUCCAUCAGCAUCACAUCGCCACCGUCAACACCACCGGAAGGUAAAACACCACAACCACCACACAUUUACAAUUACAUCGACGAAAAAGGAUCGUCGCCUCGUAAUGGAAGUCCGGGCCACGUCACGACAACCACUAUCAUCAAGGAGUGUGAUCGUAUCAAUGGCGAACUAACAAAUGGUGGAUCGGAUGUGAUGAAAUACAAUCUACGAAAUUCGCUUUCUUCGUCCAAGAUCAGUAUCAACGGUAAUGGCGGAGAUUCGCUGACGGCCCAGUACUACAAUCGCAAGGAACGGGAUAAGCGAGAACGUGAGACACGACGACAAGAUCGGGAACGCUAUCUGCAGCAGUUCGGAGCAAAACUGCAGCGUAGCACCACCGAUCUCGAGAGCGAUUGUGACCGUAGCCGUUUGUUGCAGCACAGUCACAAUCGCAACCAUACUCGUAGCGUAGAACAUUUGAACGGCGAACGGAAGCGCUUGGUAGCGGCGACCCCACACGAGACAGCUACGAUCGGACGUCGAGGAGACAUUCGCAAAAGUUUAGAUUUUGAAUCCGACACAAACGACCAAUACGCGUCGGAACCGUCUGGACCGAUGGGCAAACAUGCCGGUGGUGUUCGACCAGCACCACCAAAGAAACCGCUCCGUUUAUCAUUGCAGCGCGCUCAGAGUCUGCAAACGGUGGAUGGAUUGAUGCUGGAAGCGAUAGCCGCCAACAAUGGACACGACAGAAAGCGAGGCAUGAAACGAUCUCACAAGAGUGGCACCAAAGCAACUGAUUCGAGCAACUCGACGAUGGCGGCACAAUAUAUAGAGAACAGUGUGCCGAUGCAGACUGCUUCGCUUGGACGCCAGAAAUAUAUGUAGUGGUUCUCUGCAUUGGGAUCGGGCAAAAUGCAAACUGUUAUACCGCUGUGCUACGUUGACUAUAGCGAGAGGGGAGGGAGAGUAUAUAAGCAAUACAAAAGGAAAAUGAAUAGCAAUAAAUUUUCAUACAAGUGUUAAAAUAAUCAUAA